AUGACGAGUUCGAGUGAAGGCGAGAUUCUACAGAGUAAUCAGAUCAUCCGGGAACGAUGGAAAAUAGUAAGUUUUUCUAAAUUUUGUAAAAUUUUGGGUUUUGCAGACUGCGGGUGACAUGUUAUACUAUGGAUGGGGGGAUUAGGACUUUUUCACAAAUUUAAGGCAAAAAAUAAGAAAGUUUAAUAAGAAGAACUGUAAAUAUUGUCAUUUCUUAUCAGUUUAUUAUAUUUUUGGUUGAAAAGCCACAAAAAUUAUUGAUUUUGGCUCAAAGCCCUAAAAAUUGGCCAAAAAGCGGACUUUUUCACAAAGUUAAGGCAAAAAAUAAAAAAGUUAGAUAGUAUUGAUUAUAAGUAUUUUCAUUCUUUAUCAGUUCAUUAUAUUUUUAGUCGAAAAGCCACAUAAAAAGUAUUGAUUUUAGCUAAAAGCCCCCAAAAUUCAGCCAAAAAGCGGACUUUUUCACAAAUUUCAAAUAAAAACUAAAAUUUUUCAAAUUCCAGAAAUGCAAGCUAGGUGGUGGUGGAUUUGGAGAGAUAUACGAAGCCUUGGACAUGCAAAAUCAUAAUGAAAGAGUUGCGGUCAAAGUGGAAUCGGCCAAAGCAACGAAACAAGUCCUCAAAAUGGAGGUGGCGGUGCUUCGGAGGCUUCAAGGUAAGAAUUUUGGUGGUUCUUAGGUGUAUAUUGGUCAAAGAAUGAUCUGGAAUACCUUACUAUGGUCUUUAUUUACUUUUUUAAGUUUUAAAAAUUUGAAUUUAGAAAAAAAAAUUGUUCGAAAAAAUUAGACUUGGUCCCUUUGAAAUUUUUCGAUAGUUUACAAAACAUGCCAUAACUUUUUGGACGAAACUUGAAAAUGGACGAAAUUUUGUUACAAGGCAUAAAAUGGCAAGAACUUGCUUUACAAAAAAAAUUCUCAUUUUUUGUUACCUAAAAACUUAACUUUUUGACAAAAAAAAUUUUUUUUGUAAAAGUCGAACUUCCAACUUUAGCUACAAGACAUACAAUGGCAAUUACUUUCUUUACAACACAAAAAUGCUUUUCUUUUGUUACCUAAAAACUUACCUUUUUGACAAAAAAAAGUUUUUUUUGAAAAAAUUGAACUUGGUCCCCCUGUGAAAUUUUUCGAUAGUUUACAAAACAUGCCAUAACUUUUUAGAUAAAACUCGAAAAUGGACAAAAUUUUGUUACAAACCGUAGAAUGGCAAGAACUUUCUUUACAAAACAACUUUUCAUCUUUUGUUACCUAAAAACUUGCUUUUUUGGCAAAAAAAAAUUUUUUGAAAAAAUUGAACUUGGGCCCCUCUGCGCAAUUUUUUGAAAGUUUUAUAAAACCUGCCAUAACUUUUUGAACAAAACUUGGAAAUGAACCAAAUUUGGCUACAAGACACAUAAUGGCAGGAACUUUCUUUACAAAAAACUCAUCCUUUUCUUACCAAAGAACUUAUCUUCUUGACCUCUAAACCUACUACAAUAUAAAGAACCUGUAUAUCAAACAAUUUCUAGGUAAAAAACAUGCGUGUAAAUUCUACGGUUGUGGUCGAAACGAACGAUACAAUUACCUGGUCAUGUCUUUACAAGGUAAAAACUUGGCGGAUCUACGCCGAGAGUCUCCGAAACAAUGCUUUUCGGUAUCGACCGCGCUGAGGCUGGCUUCACAGAUUCUGGUAUCAAUCAAAGAAAUUCAUUCCAUUGGGUUCUUGCACAGGGAUGUCAAACCGGUAAGGGAGGGGGUUUUUAUUGGUUUGAGGGUUUGGUAGAUUAUAUGUUGUUGUAGGGCAGGGAAGGGCAGGGUAGAACAGGGUAGGGUAGGGUAGUUCUAAUUUUUAUUUUUUUUAAUAAUUAUGUCACCAUGACAACUUUUUUUAAUUUUUAAAAAAUGUGUCAUCAUGACAGCUUUUUUCUAUCCAAAAAUUAUAUCAUCAUAACAACUUUUUUGUGCAUUUUUAAAAAUUGUGUCAUCAUGACAUAUUUUUCAAUUUUUAUAAAAUAGUGUCACUAUGACAGAUUUUUUUAUUUUUAGAAUAAAAAUCAUUAUGAGAGAAAAAAUUGUGUCAUCAUGACAACGUUUUUUUAUUUUUAAAAUAUGUAGUGUCACUAUGACAGAUUUUUUUAUUUUCAAAAAACGUGUCAUCUUGACGAUUUUUUUCAACUUUAAAAAAAUGUGUCAUCAUGACAUAUUUUUUAAAAUUUUUUUUUCAAAUUGUAUUAUCAUGACAUCUUUUUUCAAAUUUCCAAAAAUUCUGUCAUCACGAUUAAUUUCUCUCUCAUUUUCAGUCCAAUUUUGCGAUGGGUCGAACGAGUUCGACGAUGCGAGUAGUGUACAUGUUGGACUUUGGUUUGGCCAGGUUAUACCUAAACAAUCGGGGCGAAAUCCGUAGUCCGCGGACGGCGGCCGGCUUCCGCGGCACAGUACGGUACGCCGCUGUUUCGGCUCACAAAAAUAAGGUAAAUUUUUGAUUAUUUUGGCAAGAACUUUCUUUACAAAACAAUAAAUGGCAAGAACUUCCUUUAGAGAACAUAAACUAGCAAGAACUUUCUUUACAAAAACAUAAAAUGGCAAGAACUUUCUUUACGCGCCUUAAAACUGUCAUUUUUACGCAGAAAAAGGUUCCGCAGGCUGCGGGGGACAAGUUAUACGACGAAUAGUCAAACUUUCUCUCUUUUAUUAGCUUGCCACGCCCAAUAAUAAAAAAGUUUGUAGUUGGUUGUUUAAAUAGUUUUGUGCCCCUAACUUUGAAAAUUUGCUUUGAGGGGGGGGGGCUCAAAUUUUUUUGAACAGUGAUAAUUUUUUAAAAUUUUUUUAAAUUAAAAUUCAAAUUUUUUUCAGGAAAUGGGUAGACAAGACGACCUGUGGUCGUUGUUUUACAUGCUGGUCGAGUUCCUGCAAGGCGCCUUACCAUGGCGUCGUAUCAAAGACAAGGACGAGGUGGGCCGGAUGAAGGACGAAGCCGAUCCAGAAAAGCUACUAGAAGGCUGUCCAGUCGAGUUGCUAGCCAUACCCAAACACCUCAAGACCCUGGGCUAUCCGGACGAACCGAACUACAGUAUGCUCGAGUCGGUUCUGUGGUCCUGCAUGGCUAGACUGAGUAUCAACAUGGAUGACCCCUACGACUGGGAGAUUGGCUAUGAGAACAUCAGCGGUCGAAGCAAAACCACGUCGAGUACGACCAAUAAUGGCAACGCCAGUACGAGGAUGCGGUCUCAUACUACGGCAGUACGAGAUGUGCAGAGAGACGAGAAGAACCGCGGCAUGGACACACAAGCACCGAUCACCAUGGGCGAGGACGAGGACGAACAGACCGGCAACUACAACUACAAGUUCCCAGCACUAGGCAGUAUGAAGAGCUCUCAGCACGAAGCUGACGGGCACGAGCGGCCCAAGUACAAGCGACAAGAGUUCAUGCGGCCCAAGUACGGUGCUGUGAGCUUUGACGUGAUUGAUGCUGUGAAUGCACGGCUAGCCGCUGCUUCUUCGGCUGGUGAAGUUGGUACUCGGAAUGGUCCUGUUCAUCUCAUGAAUCGCCUGAGGAUCGAGACUUCGGUCGAGAAUGACCCCAAGUACUAUAAUCCUGUGCACGAGAAGGUGGAGUUGACGAUAGGACAACCUGGAAACUAUAGUACAAAUCAGCUUGGCAGUACUGGGCAAAAUCAAAAUGUUGGGCAGAAUCAGCAUGGUGCUAGUGGUACUAUGGGUAAUCAGAGUGCGGUACUAAGUCAGAAUGGUGCUCAGAAUCAGAAUAGUACUCAGAAUCAGCUCGGUACCCAAAGUCUGUAUGGUACUCAAAGUCAGCACGGUACUCAGCACGGUACCCAAAACCAGAACCUCACCCCCAACUCAAUGCCAAACUCAACCCACAACUCUCAGAACCUAGCCUAUAAGGAGAACAACAACAACGAGAAGAAGUCUCAAAAAAGCCUGACACUAUCGAUUGGCAAGAAAUACCAAAAUGGCAAACGAAAUGUCACACCUUCCAACACCACCAACGCUGUCGCUGACGAUGACGGAAUUAUUGGAAAAGACAUAUCACAGAAUAAGGGACAGACUAUCGUCUCGAAAUGGCAGGGUAGGAUUUUUGUGUUUUGAAAUGGCAGAGUAGGGUUUUAAGCUAUUUUUUGCACCGUGCAAGCGCUGAUUUGAACCGUGCAAGCGCUGCACGGCGCAGAAAUUUAUUUUUUAGCAAUAACUUUCUUUACAAACCAAAAAAUGGCAUCAACUUUCUUUCCAAAACAUAAAAUGGCAAGAACUUUCUUUACAAAGCAAAAAAUGGCAAGAAUUUUCUUUGCAAAACAAAAAAUGACAAAAUUUAUGUUAGGUAUGUUAUAAAACGUCCAUAACUUUACUUCCAUCCGGCGUUCCUCGAACUUUUUAUAAUCAAGCGCACCGUUGCUUAAUUUGCCAGAUCGGACGAGACCGCGAUUUCGCACUGUGCAAAGAAGACAAAUGGCGCUGCACGGUGCAGAAAUUGUUUUUUUUUUGGCAAUAACUUUGUUUACAACAAUCUAAAAUUGUAUUUUUGAAGAUUUUUGUGUUUUGGAAGAAACUUUCUUUACAAAUCAAGAAAUGGCAAGAACUUUCUUUACAAAUUAAAAAAUGACAAGAACUUUUUUUACAAGCCAAAAAAUGAAACUUUAUAUUAAGCAUAAAAUGCUUUUUCACUUUUCAGAUUCCUUUGACGACUCAGUAGAUGAAGAAAAUCUGAACGGUCUGGAACGUUCCAUGGACGGUGGCCGUUCCCCAGGCCCUCCACGGUACGUUCGAAGCAAACAAAUCGCCACAGUACAAGCUCAAACCCCUGCCAAUGGUCUCCCAUCCUCAACCACACUCAACGGUGACCUAGCUGGCUACCUAUCACCUCGCUCUGGUCGAAGGCUGAUCACUUCGUCCAAAUCGACCGCUCCCUUACUCAACGUCUCGGCCACGAUCCAGGCGUGCACGCCCAAGAAUCAGAGCAUCGUGGCGCCUUCCGAAGGCAAAAAGGAAAAAAACGGUCAGAAAGAGUCGUCGCCAGGUAGUAAUGGUGGUGGUGGGCUUAUGUCGCAUCUCAAGGGCCUAGUUAAUGUGAGUAGUUAGCUCCGUUGUGCCACUUUUCGUAUGACCCGUCUUGCCAAAACGUUCUAACAGGUUUGAGGUAAACAUGCUCACCGUGACUGACUGUUUGAUUGUAGUGCAACGAUACUAAGUGUAGUGCUAAUGAGAUUGAUGUAGUGAUAAUAAGCUUGGUAGUAGUGAUAACAAGGUUGAUUGUAGUACUAACGAUACUAGUUGUAGUGCUAACAAUUAUUGUUCAGCUUCUUAUUAGUUUGUUCAAAAAAUGCUGCGCCCCUCUCAAAGCAAAUUUUCAUGGUUAAAUGGCGCAGACUUUUUUGAACAACUUAUUACUAACUUUUGGCUUUUGGGCGGGGUAAAUUAAUAUAACAGAAGGCAGGGACGUCGCUAAGGGAGAGGAAUAGAAUUAGGGUAAAGGUAGAGAAAGAGGAGAAGAUGGAGGUAGAGAUAGGUGCAAAAGUAGGGGCAGAAGAAGUAAAAAAAAUUUGCAAGAAAAUCAACAGGGGGAACCGAGUUCAAAAUUUUUCGAAAAAAAUUUUUUUUUGAAAGAAAUUGAAAAAUGACAGAAUAAAUAAUAGGUAGGCUUUAAAACACUCAAAAACUUUGUUUCCACCCAGUGUUCCUCGAACUUUUUAUUAUCAAGCCCACCGUUGCUUAACUUGCCAGAUCGGACGGGACCGCGCUUUCGCAUUGUGCAAAGAAGGCAAAUGACACUGCACAGUGCAGAACUUCAGUUAUUGGCAAUGACUUUGUUUACAAUGACCUAAAAUAGCAUUUUUGAGAUUUUUGAGUUUUGGAAGAAACUUUCUUUACAGGUUUUUCUUUUUUCCUUGUGCUUGAGUAAAGGAACGUUAUAGUAACUAACAGCUUAAUUUGAUGCUUUUUGUCAACUUUUCAAUGUUGUGACCUGCUUUAACUAUAUUUUUUGUUUUUCAUCUUCACUUCUCAACGUUUAUGACAUUUUUUAUAUUAUAUCCUCCCCUCUUCAGUCCUUCAACACGGCAAGCAGCAACGCGCUUGGGCACGUGCGAAAGCGUUCGCUUUCUCGUGGCAUAAGUCUUGACGACGCGCGGCAACGUCAGCAACAACAGCAACAGCUCCAGCCCACAACCCCCAACUCCACGGCGACCACGCCCACAAGUGGGCUUGGCAGUGCGAGCAGUACCAGCUCACAUAAUGGUCCACAUUCGCCAUCUUCGUCACGACGACUGACGGUGGAAGAAGAAGAAAGAGAGAUCAGAAGGCGAAGAAGGCUGAGAAGACGGAGCGAUUGUCAGGGCAUGAUUCCAGGCAAUCGUAUGACAGAUGGGGUGAGUUUUUAAAUGGUUUUUGGGGGUGAAUAAUGAAGUUUUUUGGCUGAAAAAGGCCAAGAUUACGAGUAAAACGGCUUGAAAUGAAUAAAAAUGGCAACAACUUUCUUUACAAAACCAAAAAAUGACAAAACUUAUAAUAGAAAUGUUAGAACCUGUCAAAAACUUUGUUUCCACCCCGUGUUCCUCGAACUUUUUAUAAUCAAGCGCACCGUUGCUUAACUUGCCAGAUCGGACGGGAUCGCGCUUUCGCACUGUGCAAUGAAGACAAAUGGUGCUGCACGGUGCAGAAAUUGAGUUUUUUGCAAGAACUUUGUUUACAAUCACUUAAAAUGGCGUAUUAGAGGAUUUUUGAGUGUUGGAAGGAACUUUCUUUACACUGUUUUUAUAGAAAUCAUUAUUUUUCGCAAUUUUUGAAAAACCGCAAUAACUUUGUUUACAAAACAAAAAAGUGCUAAAAAUAAUUUUUUAGUGCUAAAAAUGACUUUUUACAACUUUCAUUUUCAGAGUAUAAGCCCAGCUCGCGCCCUGCAUCCAGCCGUUAUUUACUCGGCGACACCAGUGGAUGCCUACAAUCGACUGGUCAAUAACGGGGUAGUUGUUAGCAGUGUAAGAGCAUCGACUGGUAGUGAAAGUCCUUUCGAGGAACGAAAAAAUUCUUGCCGGUGAGUUUUUUCAAAGCUACAGUAUGACAUGAAAUUUACUUUUAAGCUACAGUAUGCCUCGAAAUUCAUUUUUGAGCUACAGUAUGACUUGAUGUUCUUUUUUGUUACAGUAUAACCUAAAAUUUUCUUUUGAGCAACAGUACGACCUAAACUUCAUUUUCAACUUGAAUGAUACUAUAUAGUACCAUGCAAUAUAGUACGAUACUAUACAGUACCAAAAUAUAUUUUAAAAUUUUCAGAAAACGCUAUCCUUUCUUAAGUUUUGCCCCGAGAGCUAUGUCACGUUCUUGA